GGGGUGGGAGCCGGCGCCAUUGCCAAGAAGAAGCUUGCCGAGGCCAAGUACAAGGAACGAGGGACAGUCUUGGCUGAGGACCAGCUGGCCCAGAGUUAACUCAGUUAUUGUGACUGGUGAAGAAGAGGAGAAGGCAGUUAAGCAGGGAAAUGGGUCCUUGAACUGAGGAAAGAUAGUAGACACAGGCUGUGCUCUUCCAAAGCUCCCAUUCAUAAGAGAGAUGACAUGCAGGAAACAACUGGAAAUGGUGACUAUAAUAAUGUAUGUCGAAACAGUUGGACAUGUUUAAGACCAACCUGGAGGAAUUUGCCAGCAAACACAAGCAAGAAAUCCGGAAGAAUCCUGAGUUCCGGGUGCAGUUCCAGGACAUGUGUGCCACCAUUGGGGUUGAUCCUCUGGCCUCUGGAAAAGGAUUUUGGUCUGAGAUGCUAGGUGUGGGAGACUUCUAUUAUGAGCUGGGAGUCCAGAUUAUCGAAGUGUGCCUGGCCCUGAAGCACCGGAAUGGAGGUUUGAUAACUCUGGAGGAACUACAUCAACAGGUGUUAAAAGGAAGGGGCAAAUUCGCCCAGGAUGUCAGCCAAGACGACCUGAUCAGGGCCAUCAAGAAACUAAAGGCACUUGGCACUGGCUUCGGCAUCAUCCCUGUGGGCGGCACUUACCUCAUUCAGUCUGUUCCAGCUGAGCUUAAUAUGGAUCACACUGUGGUGCUGCAGCUGGCAGAGAAAAAUGGCUACGUGACUGUCAGUGAUAUCAAAGCCAGUCUUAAAUGGGAAACAGAGCGAGCGCGACAAGUGCUGGUAUGUGACUUUUGGAAUGGCCCAGAAAAGAUGGACCCAGAGGGGAGGAGGUGGGUGGAUAGGAGCCACGGGAGCUUCAGCCUUGUUCUGCUGGCCUCUUGCCUUGAGGCAACUGCUGCCACACCAGAAGGAACCCCAGCGUUUCUCUGAAGGUGGCACCAAGAGGCAGAACUCACAAAGCAGGAUUCUAACCCUGACACGUGUGUAAAACCAGGCUGCCACUGCUCAGGGGGGAUCACCUCCUCUCCUAACCUGCAGAGCCUGGUCAGAUGGUUGAUGUAGUUUGUACUGGAAGUAACAAUUCAGUGAAGGAUAUUAACUACUUACGGUAAUUACGUAUCUAUAAUUAUAGAGUUGCAUAUAGAUCUAUAAUUAUACACUAUUGCAUAUAUAGUUUUAUAUAUACAAAUUUCAUGGUACUAAUGAAGAUUGAUGUUGUGAAGAGGGAGUAGGAUGGAAAUGUAGGAUUUUACUACCUUCUUCCUUAUCCAUAUAAUUAACCUGUAGACUCAAUUUCAUCUGUAAAGUAGGGAUAACAUACACGUUUAGUAUCUAGCAGAACCAACCAAUCUUGGGCCUAUUUCCAGCUGUAGGAACUGAGUCCAUUCUACUAAUAUGCUCCUUCCAUUAACUUCUCCCAAAAGGUUUACCACAUCUGCCUGUUACCUAGUAAGCUAACUGAAAGGUAGUGAUCUCCCUUUUGCUUCAGGGAACGGAGUCAGUGAUUUGCUCAAGGCCAAAUAGCAAAUACUUCUGUAGCCCUCCAUUCCUUCCACAGCAUCCCACUCUACUUGUCUUUACCCACUUUUCCAGCCGCACAGGUUAAAUGACUUGGUGGCAUCUUUCGUACUUCAGGUAAAGGUCAAGGCCAGAUCAUUCCAGUUUGGUUGAAAUGUGUGAAGGCACUCAAGUAAAUUUAGUUUGAAAACCCACUGAAGCCAAAAUAGGUAUGAGGAUUGUUUUAUCUAUUUUGUGGGAACUCCCCUUUCUCAAAUGACGCUUCCUACCUUUCCC